UGGGCCGGGCCGGGCGGCUGUAGCGCGCUCCCCGUCAGAACGCCGGGAGGUGGGAGCGGCGGGGCCGAGCGCGGAGGUGAUUGCCCGCCGGCAGCGGGGAUGCUGCUGUUGCCGCCACUACCACCGCCGCCGCCUGUGAGGGGGCAGCAGGCGGGGGAGCGGGCGGCCGCGGCGCACGGCGGCAUGAGCAGCGGCGGGAAGGUGUCCCGAGCCCCGCGGCAGCGCUAGGGGCCCCCCUUCCCCGCUCCGGCCGCCACCUGCGAGCCCGCGGCGGCGGCUUCAGCCCGCCCGGAGGCGCAGCGCGAAGCAAGGCGGGCCCCCUCCAGCCGCCCGACACGGGGGACAGCCGGGCCAGCCACAAAGCGCCGCCGCCCUCCCUCCUCCUUGAGCCACCGCGCUGCCCCUGCCGGCCCCCACCGGCCCGCCCGCUGCCGGGGAGGCGGCGGGAAGGAGGGAGGGGGCGAGCGGAGCCCCCUCGUUAGCCCCUCACUGCCCGAUCCAUGGGAGGAGCGGGUCGUCUCCCUCUGGGAAGCGCCGCCGCGGCUCGCCGGGAUUGAGCGGAGCGGCCGGCAGCCGGCGCGGAGGGAGGAUGCCAGUGCUCCGGAAGGUGCUGCGGGUCUCCAAUCGCUCCAUGCUCGCCUUCAUCUUCUUUUUCUCCUUCUCCUCCUCCUGUCUCUACUUCAUUUAUGUGGCCCCCGGGAUCGCAAACACAUAUCUCUUCAUGGUGCAAGCUCGUGGUAUAAUGUUGAGAGAAAAUGUGAAAACAAUAGGACACAUGAUCAGAUUGUACACUAACAAAAAUACUACACUGAAUGGCACAGAUUAUCCUGAAGGAAACAACUCUAGUGACUGUGUUGCUCAAACAACAAUGUAUCUUCCAGAAAACUUCACUUACUCUCCUUACCAGGCUUGUCCAGAGAAGCUGCCUUACAUGAGAGGCCUUAUUGAUGUCAAUAUGAGUGAAAUCAGCUUUGAUGAGAUUCAGCAACUGUUUUCAAAAGAUUUAGACAUUAAACCAGGAGGACACUGGAAACCAAAAGACUGCAAGCCACGAUGGAAGGUGGCAAUCCUUAUUCCUUUCCGGAAUCGCCACGAGCAUCUUCCCAUUUUUUUCCGCCAUCUGAUCCCUGUGUUGCAGAAGCAGCGGCUGGAAUUUGCCUUCUAUGUUGUUGAACAGGCAGGUACACAACCUUUUAAUCGUGCAAUGCUCUUUAAUGUUGGCUUCAAAGAGGCCAUGAAGGAUGCUGUCUGGGACUGCAUAAUAUUUCAUGAUGUGGAUCACUUACCUGAAAAUGACAGAAAUUACUAUGGAUGUGGAGAAAUGCCACGGCACUUUGCAGCAAAGCUGGACAAAUACAUGUACAUUCUUCCGUACAACGAGUUCUUUGGUGGUGUAAGCGGCCUGACAGUGGAACAGUUUAAGAAGAUCAAUGGGUUUCCAAAUGCCUUUUGGGGAUGGGGUGGAGAAGAUGAUGAUCUUUGGAACAGGGUUCACUAUGCUGGAUAUAAUGUGACAAGACCAGAGGGAGAUUUAGGGAAGUACAAAUCCAUUCCUCACCAUCACAGAGGUGAAGUCCAGUUUUUAGGACGGUACAAACUUCUGAGGUAUUCCAGGGAACGUCAGUACAUUGAUGGCUUGAACAAUUUAGUAUAUACUCCCAAAAUACUUGUCAGUAGGUUGUAUAAAAAUAUAACUGUUAAUCUCAUACCAGAACUCGCUCCUGUUAGAGACUAUUGAUGGAAGUGGAAUGACAGACUGCCCUACCAGAAGAAACUUAGCCCUGGAAGCUACUAAAAGACCCUGUAAACCAAAACCAACCCAACAAACAGCAGCUUAGAAUUAGAGAUUUGUGACCAUUUUGUUGCAUAUUUUGGGAUGAGAGGUGACUGCAUGUACCAUGAAAAAGAAAAGCAAAGCCAAGCCAGCAGCUACCACUCAGCAGCACCACUCAGAUGUUUACAGCAUGAGACUACUGUCCAAGCCUUCAUUCUUCAUGUUCUUAACCACUCAGCUAAAGAAACUGCAGAACAGAGACUUGUAGCUUCUCUGGAAGUAGGGACAGAAGGAACCACUUCUUCCAGCAAUGUUGUGGGGUUCUUUUUGUACUAACCCACCCUCCUAACCCUCCUCAUAUUUAAAAUGAAUGCUUCUGUUUCUUUUUAAAAUGUGGUUUUGUAAAUAUGUGAUGUAAAUUACUGUGUGUACAUGCCUUUUAAAUGGCUCAGUAUUUUAUGCUCCAGUAUGUAUUUGAGUGUGUUCUUGUUUGAAUUCUAUAGGAAUGUUUUUCUUAGCAUGAAAGAACAAGUGUAAACUGUAAGUAUGCUUAAAACAAGGUUAUACCUUAUGUGAAAUGAAGGAAAUAUUAAUUGUUGGCCAGCUAUGACUGUAAACUGUUAUACUAGUUUUGAGCUCUAGGCCUUUUUGCAUAUCCCUAUAGAAAAAAAUCAAUUUCCUAGAAGAGCUUGCUAGAAAGAAAGCUUUGAGGUUUAUUUAUUGCCAGCAAAACUGUAUGAUACCCUGCCUGCCAUCUAGACCCUCUAGGUAUGCAUAUUGCAUGUGCAUUACUGAACAAAUCUUGCAGCUGUUGCUAUUAUGGUGACCUACAGGAGCUCUUCACUGUUUCCAAGUGUGCCACUGGUGUCAGUGUCAGGGACUUUAAUGCCUAAAACGAUGUGUCUGGGUGCGUACAGUAUUUUGGUAUUGGUCUU